CAUACGGAAAGGACCAAAGGCUAUGUAAUAACAUCCUCCUUUUUUGUAGUCGGUUAAAAAUACACUACAAUUUGUGUCGGUUUAGCAAUAAUUAAAUCUUCGUCCAAUUGAUAUUUAACAGUGUUUUUUUUUGUUUUAAUUAAUCAAUAGGUAUUAAAAUAUAACUAAAUACAGAAUUUUCACUAACUUUUUUACAUUUAUCUUUCGCACAUUUUGAAGUUUCUGCUCAUAGCAAUAAUGCCAAAUAUUUAGUGGGUAGUUUUAAAUACCUAGUAAAUAUUUAUUGAGUACCCAAAUUAAUUCUGAAUAAAACUAUUCUUGAUAGUUAACUUAAAAGAAAAAACAUUCUGAAACAGGUUGAUAUACAAAUUUACAGCAGUGAAUCAUGGUUUUGAAAUCAGAAAUGGAUCCGCCUUGUAAACCACAGAAGCAGUUUCAUGAGUAUCUGUUCGCGAAGAUGGGGCCAGGGGACCGAGGUCCGAAGACCACGGAGGACCGGGCGGCGCCGGUCGACCCCACCGGUGUCAGGAAGUGGUUUAUAGAAAAUACCAUGCUGGUCGUCACUUUAAUUGGCGUGCUCACUGGCAUCGCUAUCGGUUUCGGCUUGCGUCCAUACAAUCUCGGUCCCGAUGCUUUAAUGAUCAUUUCGUACCCUGGCGAGCUCUUCAUGAGGCUAUUGAAGUUGAUGAUCCUUCCUUUGAUCAUAGCGAGCCUGAUCGCUGGAUCUGCUAGCCUGAACGCCAAGAUGAGCGGGAAGAUUGCAGUCCGGACUCUACUCUAUUUUAUACUAACGUCCAUGUUUAACGCUUUUCUGGGGAUACUCCUUGCAAUGAUGAUACACCCUGGGCAGCCGGAACUGCGAGAGGACUUUGUCGUAGCCGUUGAAAAUAAAAGAGAUCACAGUAUUCUUGACAGUCUUCUGGAUAUUGGUCGAAACAUAUUCCCGGACAACAUCGUGCAGGCCGCGUUCCAGCAGGCGCAUACCGUAUACGCGGAGCAGCCGUCGCUGUUCGCCAGGAACCUCACGGAUAACGACACGGCGCCGGCUCUAGUCCGUGUCGUGUCCUACAGAUCAGGCACCAACACACUCGGCCUCGUUUUCUUCUGCCUCGUGUUCGGGAGUUUGCUCGGCACUCUGGGCCCCAAGGGCCAGGUUGUCAUCGACUUCUUUCAAGCCAUCUUCGAGGUCAUCAUGAAGAUGGUGACGGGCGUCAUGUGGUUCACCCCCGUGGGAGUCAGUAGCGUCAUCGCUGGGAAGAUUCUUGGUGUUAGCAAUGUUGCUCAAGUGAUGUCCCAGCUGGCCUGGUUCAUCGCCACGGUGGCGGUGGGUGUGUUCCUGUACCAGCUGAUCGUGAUGCAACUCAUCUAUUUCGUGUUCCUACGGAAGAACCCCUACAAGUUCUAUUGGGGACUGUCUCACGCAAUGUUGACUGCUGCCGCUACUGCUUCCACAGCUGCAGCCCUCCCAGUUACGUUUCGCGCGAUGGAAGGCCCGCUCCGCAUCGACCCUCGCAUCACACGGUUCGUGCUGCCCAUCGGCUGCAACAUCAACAUGGACGGCACGGCCCUGUUCCUGGCUGCUGCCAGCGUCUUCGUCUGCCAGAUGAACAACCUGCAUCUAGGGUUCGCGCAGCUCGCUACCAUAUUCUUGACUUCGACAGCGGCGUCAGUGUCGUCUGCGUCAGUGCCGUCGGCCGCCAUGGUUCUACUGCUCGUGGUGCUGGCGGCGGUGGAUGCGCCCGCGCACGACGUGUCGCUGCUGUUCGCCGUGGACUGGCUCGUUGACCGGAUACGCACCACAAACAACAUGCUGGGAGACUGCUACGCGGCUGCGGUGGUGGAGCACCUCUCCAAGAAGGAGCUGAUGGCUUGCGAUGCCGUGACCAUGGAGCCAGUGGUAGCCAAUGGUCUCAUUCCAACACCAAACACAGAAGAUGAAAGAUUAGAUACACCAUCAGGGAAAAAAUCCAUAACAUCCGACGACAUUAUCAUCGAUAUGCAUUUAUCCAACCAGGCAAGCAGUAGUCCUGUCAAACGAAUUUAGCUCUUGAAAUUACUAUAACAGACUGUGUUUUGAAACCAUUUUUCCAAAUAGGCAAAUAUCAAAGUUGUCUGGAUUUUAGAAUUGAUUUUCAAUUGUUAAAUAUUUCCAUUCAGUGGUCCCAAUUAUUGUUACUUAAUUCGCGAUGCUAAGACUGGUGUAUCCCCAUGUGUCCCUGACGGGGACAGAGAUGAGGGUAGGUGCUUUCAUAUAAAUCUUUCCCAUUUGUCCCCACCUCAUGUAUGGCGGCGGUUGCUUUAAGGUGAGGGACAAAUGGGAAUACACCAAUAUUUCAUACCUUAACUAUAAUAUUUUUCAUUUUAUCUUUGAAAUAUGAGGCCUGAAUAGUUUGAAAGACUGAAUAAUUGAAUAAUUAUAGAAAAUAGGCAAGGUGAUGGAAGAGCAAUAUCCGAAGUACUCUGUACGGUUUAAAGGUCGGUAGGUACUUAAGAAUAUAAAGAAAUGUAGGUACGUAAAUGAUUCACAAAAUGGCUGGGUAUAUUAUAAUAAAGAGAUUAUAUAUCUAUCCACUCAGGUACGACGGCCGUAAAAACCAAAAUCUUAGCAUCGUAAUUAAGUUUAGGUACUUAAAUAUGGCGAUUUUGUAUCCGAAGUUUUGACAUUGUUCGAUUAAGUAUUAUCCCUGUUGAUAACUUUGAUAAGAUAACCCGAGACCGCCACCAGCGUUGUGAAGUGUUCUCAUAUGAUCAUAUGGUCAAUGUGGUCUUAAACAAAUCCGCUUUAGAUGUAAAAAGGGAAUGUAGGACCUACUUUUUCAAAUAAGAUCUGAUAUAAUAUGUUAUUGUUAAUACUUUUUAAAUACGGUUAGGAUUUGGCUAGAAUCAAAUAGUUUCAGCGAUGAAAAAAGGUAGGUACUAGGAAAUACCUACCGUAACCACCCAUCUAUACAUGGUAUAAUAAUAUACUCCGCCUGGUACUCUCUUCCCGUCUUUUCGUGGCCACCUGACUGACACAAACUUACGUCAUCAUGCAACAGCGCUAUAUGAUAAUAUGCGAUAGCGCUAUAUAUAGCGGCCAUGUUAUUGUGACGUAGGCUUGUGUCACUCUGGGAAGAGUAGACCACGUUUUAUUAGACUAUGCAUCUAUACUACAACAGUCCACAAGUUCAAUACGUAAUUAAGUAUCAAUUUUUAUCUAAGGGUUUUCUUCGAUUUAUAAAAAUAUGUUGCUUUUGCACUACGAAUUCCAAAUGAAAGUCGUACUUGAACGAAGACAUUAAAGUUAAAUUUUAGACCAUAGGUUGGAGCUUAUGGACUAUAGUUGGGUGACUUUACGGUACUCAUAUGUAUGCUACUUAAUUAGGUAGCUGCAACGUAUCAUCAUUCGAUAAUAAUUCAAUAUUUGUAUCUCAAAAGUUGUUAUUAUGUAAGUACCUACCUAUUUCUAGAUUAGUUACGCAUUAUCAGAUCCUUAUUUGAAAAUACAACAUUCAUAUUUUUACAACCUAACGGAUAAAUUACGCCUUAGGCCCUAGUAUGUACAUAUUGAUAUUAGGUACUAUUAGACUGUUAUAUUCAUACAUACAACAUACAUGAGCUAUCUGAAUGAAUGUGAGUGAAAAAGAUAUUUAAAUAUACGGGUGCAAAAUAUGUAACAAAUGAAAAUAGCACGCACAUUGUGAUAUUUUUAAAACCCAAUGUGCUACGUAGAUAUGAACGAAUUAUACCAAUAAAGUAAUUGAUUGUUAUAGGCAACGUAUGAAUACUGAUACAACCGUCAGAUAUUACAUGCUUGCGAGAAAGAUUAGUCUUAAGGACAAGGACAUUAAUAGUAAAUAAGGAAAAAUCAUCUUCAUGUCGAUUAGAAAAGAUGUCUAUCUAUAAGAUAGUUUCAGAUUACAUAACAUUGUGAAUGACAAUUAAUUUUUUAUCUAAUUAAAAGAAGACGGAGAAACGUAUCACCGUCAAAGUGAAAUACCCCUAUACUAACAAAAUCAUACUAUUGUACGCGACACCAUAAUCGAGUUACUUAAACGUGUAGUGAUAUAGGCAUUUGUAGGUAUAAGUCCUAAGCAAGUGUUUUACUAUUAGCAAGUAGGAUUGUUCACAAUAAUGCAAUUAUUGUAAUGGCCUUAGACAAAAUAACCAUCGUUAUAUGUAUUUUAUUGUAUUAUUUCUGUAUAUCAUAUUUUGGAAUAUCAUUUUUUAUUAGGUACGUUGUAGUCCUAAAUCGUAAAGACAUUGGAAUCACGUUUUUAUAAAAAUAUGUGUCCAGUUCUUAACAAAUCAUUAUUAGUAUAUCAAUGUCCAACUGUGAUAUAUCGUUACUUUGUAAUUUGUCAUUAAUUUCAUUCACUAAUAAUGCAUUGAUGAAUAAAACCAAUAGUUAAA